CUACUACGGUAGAUCGUAGCACCCGCCCUAUGGAUUGGCAUUGCGAUGAGAAACUCGUCUCAAGGGCUAAUCCACAACGCUAUUGACUAUUGACAUCAUCUCACCAACGGAUCAUUUUUCACUUACUUCAGGUGAAAGGACUAACAUUCUCUCGAUACAUAAAGGGAGAAGAGGAGAAACUGAGUCAUACACUCAUAACUUCUAGCAAUCAAGUGGAGCUAGCAGAGCUGUGACUCAGGUGACUGGCUCAGGUCAGGAAUGGUGGAUAACUUGCCGGUAGGAGAGGAGACCUUCCUGUAUUACGCCAGCUUUCCUGCAGAACAUCACGAAUCGGACAUGGUGAUAGACACAGGUGUCUACCAGGCGGUGCCCUCCCCGUUCUCAGAGGACGACCUGAGUGACUCGUCCAGCCCUUGCUCCUGCUCCAGCCCUGAGUCCCAGGUGCUGGGUUCCAGCUAUGGCAGCAGCUCCAGUGGAGAGAGCCAGGAUGGUCUCCUCGACUUCCUGCUCUCCCAGGCCACCCUUGGAAGUGGAGUUACUCCCACUCUAUCUCCCUCAGCACCACCCAUCCUCCCCAGGGGUCUAGCAUGGGAGUCGAAGACGGACCGCCUGUUUCAGCCAACCAAAGAGGAGUGCUUUGAGUUCCCUGUGUUCCCAGUGGACCUGGAGGAUCAUGUGGGGCUGCUGUUUCAGCCCACCCUAGAGGAGAUAGAGGAGUUCCUGGAGGAGAAUAUGGAGGUGGUAACGUUGAAGAAGGAGGCUAGUGAGGGAGGGAUGUUGGAUGUAGACAGUCAGGUGACAGGGUUAGAACCUGGGCUAGAGCAGUCAGUACCUGUUGCCAGGGCUACUGUCCCCACCACAGUGACCAAAUACACAGCAACAUCCACAAUAACACAUUCCAACAGUUGUAGUGGGAUUAAACAGGAGGAACCUGCUGAAACACCAGCCUCAGGGGAGGGGUCUGGCUUGACGCCUGUCAUCUUGCAGAUUCAACCAAUCCAGAUUAAGCAAGAGCCCAGCCCAGGUGUGAUACCAACACCAGUACCACCGCAGUCCACCCUGCCCUCCUCAGACAUAAAAAUCGCCCAGCUCCUGGUCAACAUCCAGGGCCAGACGUUUGCCCUGGUGCCCCAGCUGGUGUCUCCAGCUAAUCUCAAUGGUACGUCUUCCAAAUUUGUGCGCAUCGCGCCCGUACCCAUCGCCGCCAAGCCCCUGGGUCUCAGGGAGGGUGGACUUGCAGGUGGCCAGGCUGCAGGGAUCCUGGUGGGAGGACAGAAGUUCCAGAAGAGCUCGGUUACGGACCUUAUAAAAAUGCAUAAGUGCACUUUCCCUGGCUGUGCCAAGAUGUACACCAAGAGCAGCCACCUGAAGGCCCACCUGAGGAGGCACACGGGGGAAAAGCCCUUCGCCUGCACCUGGCCUGGCUGUGGAUGGAGGUUCUCGAGGUCAGACGAACUCUCCAGACACCGGCGCUCUCACUCUGGAGUGAAGCCUUAUCAGUGUCCCAUCUGCGAGAAGAAGUUUGCCCGCAGCGAUCAUCUGUCCAAACACAUCAAAGUCCACCGCUUUCCAAGAAACAGCAGGACAGUGCGAUCCACAAACUGAGCACAUUGACCUCCAGGUCCUGCUAGGCUGAGGCCACGCCACAGGACACAUGGAGAGACAGAGAGAGAAUGUUUGUGAGAGAGAGAGUGAAUGAAUGUGGGAGAUUGCUAAUAGCAGAGGGGACAAUGGGACGGAAUUAAUGUAGGAGAUUGCUAAUAGCAGAGGGGACAGUGGGACAGAUAGAAUGAAUGUGGGAGAUUGCUAAUAGCAGAGGGGACAGUGGGACAGACAGAAUUAAUGUGGGAGAUUGCUAAUAGCAGAGGGGACAGUGGGACGGAAUUAAUGUAGGAGAUUGCUAAUAGCAGAGGGGACAGUGGGACAGACAGAAUGAAUGUGGGAGAUUGCUAAUAGCAGAGGGGACAGUGGGACAGACAGAAUUAAUGUGGGAGAUUGCUAAUAGCAGAGGGGACAGUGGGACAGACAGAAUGAAUGUGGGAGAUUGCUAAUAGCAGAGGGGACAGUGGGACAGACACAAUUAAUGUAGGAGAUUGCUAAUAGCAGAGGGGACAGUGGAACAGACAAAAUGAAUGUGGGAGAUUGCUAAUAGCAGAGGGGACAGUGGGACAGGCAGAAUGAACUUUCAAACAAAAGUUAAGGGAGAGAGUGUUUGAAUGUUUUGUUUGUUUUUGUGUGUGUGUGUGUGUGUGUGACGCACGUUGGUGGUACUGUGAUAAUUUAUUGAGUAAUGCAGAGACUCAAAAGAGAAAACAUUUUGAAAAAACAAGAACUGUUACAUAACAUGACAUCUUCACUGGUGCAUGAUGGGAAGUUCAGUGCUUUAGCGGGAUUUACACUUAAAGCAAUGUUCCCGCGUUCGCGGAUACUGCAUUCACAGUAAACACUGCAUAUGCCGGCUCAAUCGGAAAUUACUUUUAAAUUGCAAUGUCGCUAUAGCGCUGAACUUCAGCAGCACAGAUUGAAUCGAGUCCUAAGUUUCUUGUAAAUAGCUUUUCUUAAUUUUUGUAGGGUUUUUUUUUUCAUAAAAAUGUUUAAGAUACGAUUUGAGAAUAUAAAAGAGGUUUUGUUAUGCAAAGUAUUUUUACACUUUGAGGUUUGAAUUAAUUGUUGUUGAUGUACCUGCCUAUCAUUAACGCAUCAACAUUCCUUCUGCUGUAUAUAGAAAUGAUCUUCUCAACACCGAGGGAGUUUUUACUAUGUACCUCUUCAAACCCAAAAAUGACAGGUUGUAUUCAAACGUUCAUGUUGAACUACUGAUCAUGAUCAGAAUCAUGCCAUUAUAAGCUACCGGCAACAUGUGGAGGCUGUCUCCUAUUUUCAGUACAGGAGCAAUAUGACGACUCGUGCCUGGUAAAGGCUGGAUCAGCUAACAGUGAACAGCCAACUGCAAUACAACGAGGUGCAGCAAAAAAAUAUUUGAUAUUUUAUGGUGUGUUGUUUAUAUGUGAACCGACUGGCUUUCUGAUCACUAUUGAAGAACUUUUCCUUUUGUAUAUUUGUAUACAUUAGCUGGAGGAGCUGUUAUUGUCAUUUUCUUUCAUUUUGUGUUAUGUCAUUGGCGCUUAAAGCUGGCCUUCUCUGGGGCCAAUAUGUCAACUGAGUAGGCCUACGUAGUAUCUGUUUGAAUAUAAUGAUAACACUUAACCCGUUGGUGACUGUAUUAAAUCUUCAUAGCACAUAAGCAUUGAAUGCCUAGCCUGCCAUGUUGUAUACACCGUGUGGAUGUCAGUGACAGUCAAUCAAUGUACAGUUGCAAACAGUGCUGGUAGGAGCUACAGUAUGAAGGACUCAAACCAUACACUUCAAUGUCAGUCUAAUCAAUGCUUUCAGUAAAAUAGUUGAACUAUAUUUUUUAGGGAUUCUUGAAAAACUGCAGCUACAGUAGCUUGAGGUAAGUCUCCUCGAUAUCAACACAAUCGUCUGCCUCGUGUCAUCAAUGCAUGUUGAUGAAGCACCCUACAGUGUUUCAGAAGUGACCUCUGUUUCAAACUGGAACCCCCAAAAGCCUUUUUAGCAGACACACAGCAGUGCCAACCUAGCCAAGCUUCCUGGGCUAUUACAUUUCAUCUGGAGGAGCUGGAAUUGCAUGGUGCUAUAUUCGGGCGGCAGGGAGCCUAGUGGUUAGAGCAUUGGACUAGUAACCGGAAGGUUGCAAGAUCAAAUCCCUGAGCUGACAAGGUAAAAAUCUGUUGUUCUGCCCCUGAACAACCCACUGUUCCUAGGCCGUCGUUGAAAAUAAGAAUUGGUUCUUAACUGACUUGCCUAGUUAAAUAAAAAUAAAUGUAGUUACCUCCUCUGGAACAUGUGAAGAAGUAAAUGGUGGUAGAAAUCUUAGCCUCCAUACACAAGUUCUACAGUCACCUUCCUGAUCUACAGAUGACAUCACAGGAAGACACACGAUUGGUUUAGUGAAAUACAGUACUCAAAUACUGUAAGGUUUAGGAAUGUUUUUAUUUUCAUAAUGCUUUCUUUUCCCUGUACGAAACUGCACUGUCUAUGAUGGCCAUGUCCUUUCUGUGUUAACGUCUGAACCUGAGGGGUCUAGAGAGGGCAGUAAAACUUAUACUGUAGCAAUGCAUUCCUUCAAUCCCAUUUUAAAUGUUUUUAAAAACAGGUUAUUUUAACCCAUGAAUGUAUGUAAAUACUGCAACUACACCUAAAAGGAACGGAAAUAUUAUUGUAAUUAUUUCUGUGAUUGCGUACAAUUCUAGUGCAUGUGUAUAUAAUGACAAUUCAUUAUAUGUUGUUAUAAAUAUUAUAUACUAUUAUAAAUAUUAUAUAUUUUUCUUUGUUCUACAUACGAUGCAUUUACAAAUUAAACAAAUCCAAAAGAUGGA